UCAUGGGGCGUGCAUGAUUUCUUAACAAAUUCGAUUUCAUUUCUAUCGUAGGAAUCAAACUUGAUUAUGUCUAUACGAUUCAAAUUCAGAAGUUCCGUCAACUUCGACACCCUCGAAAUCGAUGGUGAUAAGCCCUAUAUAUCGGUGGGAGAACUUAGGAAGAAAAUUAUGUGCCAGAAAAAGCUAAACAACGUCUCCCAGAAAGACUUCGAUCUCGUCUUCUCUGAUGCAAUCACUGGUCAAGAGUAUAAUGACGACAGAUUCGAGAUACCUAGUUGUUCAAGCGUGAUCGUAAAGAGGGUGCCCGUUGAACCAGCCCCUGCAGCUAUGUUAAGAUAUCAAAGGCUUGAAGCGAGUGAGCUUUGUGAUGACAUUAAAAAAGGUUUGGAUCCGAAUAAACCAGAUAAGAUAGUUCUAGAGGAGAAGCUAGAACCAGAUUCUAACAAACAAAUAAAGUUGGAAAAUGUGGCUAAUUCAAAUUCUAUGGAUCUGCUAAGUGCUGGUUUGCCACCAGAAUUAAGAUGCUCUCUUUGCAACACGUAUUUCAAGGAGGCUGUGAUGAUACCAUGCUGCCAACGUAGUUUUUGUGAAAAAUGCAUUCAUGAAGCACUUGUAGUGCAGGGAAGCUGUCCUUGGUGUUCUUCUACCAAAUCCAGAGUAAAGGACUUGCUACCAAACUUAUGUCUUAGGCAAGCUAUCAAACAUUUUUUAGAAUCUCAGCUUCUUGCUACUGCUCCAGAAAAUGAUUUGCAAAAAUAUGUCCCAGAUGGAGAAUCCGGUAUUCAGGGGAAAGAUAUUCCUUCUGCUCCCCCCAUCAAUAAAAGGAAAAAAGACUUGUUUACUUCUACAUCAGCAAUGAAGAAAGGAUCAAAUCAAGAGAUGGCAGAAUCUGCGGACGAUUCUAUGAACAUGAAGAAUUCUUUUUUGGAGGGUUCAGAAGACCGUAACUCAAAUGCAAUUGGUCAUCUGAAGUCAACUUCUUUGCUUAAAGUAAAACAUAGUGAUAGAGAUAGAGAUAGACCUGAAGAUUUGGCACUUGCUGCAAACUCUCGAGAUAUAAAUCAGCCUCUAAAUAUGCCCCAAGCUCACAUGCCUGUUCAAGGUGGAGAUCAAAGGUUCAGAUUUGACAGUACAAACAGAAAGGUGGACCGUACUUGUUACAUGUGUGGUUCUCCAGAUCAUUUAAUAAGAGACUGCCCUAUUGCUCCAAACAGACAUCCUAUGUCUCAUGCAGGUGGAUUUUCAGGAAAUCCUAUGUUUCAAGGAGGUAUGCCAUGCUAUUCCACACCCUAUUGGAGUGGUGCUGCCUUUCCCCCCAUCAACCCUUACAUGACUAUGUAUGGAAACCCAGGGUUGGUGCCUUUUGGUGGAAGUAUGGUUCCUAUUACACCUUAUAGAGUUCCACAUUACCUUCCAUCUACAUAUAGCAGCUUACCUGUCCCUAGUGGAACUAUGAUGGGAAGUCUGGAAGCUCCUUUCGAAACUAGAUCUGAACAACCUUUAACCCAUUCAGAAAUUUUGGAGCCUUGGCUUGGUGAUAACAGAAGAAACUUUUCAGAUGAAAGGAGAGAGCGUUCUUUUGAUGAAGAUGAUGUCUGCUACAAACGCCGUCGUGUUGAUGAACUACAUAGAUCAGUGGAGUAUAAACCCCAUAGAGAAUGGGGGAAGACUCCAAGCAACUCUGAGGAAAGCCAUGAAUGGAAGAUGCAAAGGGAACAUCACUGUGACAAACAUCUAAACCAAAAGGUUGAAUCGAUUAAAGAAAGACAUGAAAAGCAUUCUCAUUCGCCAAAUGCUGGAAAACACGCGAGGUCAUAUCAUACAGAUAGAUCAAUUCUGGGAGUUGCCAAUGUGCAGAAUAAUAAUGAUAGAUAUGAUGAAGCUAGGCAUAAGAAGCAUUAUAGAAACUCGACAAGGCAUCAUGAGAGAAGGGAGCAGUCAGGCAGUGGUUCUACUUGGAGCCGCCAUCAUAUCCAAGAAGAAAGGGGUGUUAAAAGGAAGGUUGAGUCAAGUGUGGAUUUUAAACAUAAACGUAACAGUUACCCAUCUGGUGCAGAACACUCAUCUUCUUCUGGAGAUCAGAAAAAGCGGUGGAAAGACGUCAACCCUGGACCUAUUUUCAGGGAACCUAGGGAGAGAACAAAGCCCCUUGCUGACAAGUUCUAUGGGGACAGAUGGAAGAUGGUCAAAGUUUCAGAUGAGGACUGCACGGAAGGCGAUCAUCACAAAGGAAAGAAAAGGAGGCACUAAAACGACAAGAAUGCGUCCAAGGUAAACAUGUAAACGAAGCUGGACCAUGUCGACUUAGCCGAUCUACCUGGUACAUUUUCCAUUGCAAGUAGGUUUUUGUAUCAACCUGGUUUAAGUUCUUAAAGUAGUUUAUAAUCUUAUAUACAACUAUCUAGGAAAUGGAGUUGGCAUCAAAUACAACUUUCUAAACCAUAUAUAGAUCUGUUGGUAUCUGACUUGUUUUGCUUUAUUGAUACAGAUCUAAAAGAGUCAUCAGUUCUUGGACUUUUAAGUCAUGAUUAGCUUUCUUUAGUUUUGCUAACUAAUGUCUCUUCAUAUCUUAACCAAGAAGUGUGGAUGAGCGAAAAAGUGUAGCCACGGAAUCUGGAUAGAUUAACGUGGGGGUUGGUUGCUUAUGCGGGCUGAUCAAACAUGCUGACAGAACUGUUGAAGUAACCCUCUUUGUGUCCUUAACACGAACUGUAGAAGAGCAAAAAUAUUGUCCAGAAGAGACUGGAUAUUUUACAUAGGGUUUGGCUUCUUGACUGCUUGAACAUUCUGACAGGGUCAUUGAAGCUGACUGAGGUAUGUUUUAACUUAAAGUUAUAAUGCUUGUUUUUUUUGCUAUUUUUCCAGUUUAAGCUUAAGAAAGACUCUAGAUCCUCAAAGCUAAAAGCUACAGCUAGGAAAGGUAUCGUCUUGCCAAAUCAUAGUCGGUUGUAAGAUCUUGUAGAUGUUUUUUUAAGAUUCUUGGCCUUUUUUCUUUCUAAUUCUUCUUUUCCCCAUGUCGGGUGGGAGGGGGAGACAAGGUAGGGUUGUUUCAUUGUGAAAUCGUGUUGGCAAAUUAGAUGAUAACGUGAUUGUAUUUUCACACAUUUGAUGAUUACUUACCCGAACAAAACAAUAAGAUUUAGCAAUCACUUUGAAAUUAGGGAUUAUAUUAUUGCUUUUAACUUGUGUGUUACAAAGAAAUGAUACAAGGAUAUAUAUAGACAGAAAACCUAGAAAAAAGAGAAACCCUAAGAGCCCAUGGGCUUAAUGGGCCUAAGUAAAUAUAUAUCGCAUUUACAUUCUAAUACUCUCCCUCAAGCUGGAGCAUAGAUGUUAAUCAUGCCUAGCUUGUUACAAAUAAAAGAGAUUCGCGAACCAGGUAAUGCUUUUGUAAAGACAUUAGCAAGUUGUCUUCCUGUUCGAAUAAAGGGAGUAGAGAUGAUUCCAUCCUCUAGCUUUUCACGAGUGAAAUGGCAGUCAACCUCAAUGUGUUUUGUUCUUUCAUGAAACACCGGAUUGUUUGCAAUGUGGAUAGCCGCCUCAUUAUCACAAUAUAGGCUCAUUGGUUUAGAUUGAGCAAACCCAAUUUCACCUAGCAGAUUACGCAACCAUAUCAGCUCGCAAGUGGUUUGGGCCAUAGCCCUGUAUUCAGCUUCAACACUUGACCAGGAAAUGACAUUUUGUUUCUUUCUUUUCCAUGAAACUAGAUUCCCUCCAACCAACACACAAUAGCUUGUCGUAGACUGCCUAGUAGUAGGAUCCCCAUUAUAGUCGGCAUCUAUGAACCCUUCUCUGACAUGAUGACCGUGAUUUUGAUAAAGGAUACCAAGACCAGGAGCACCCUACAGGUACUUCAGUAUAUACCUAAUAGCAUCCCAGUGUGGAGUUCUCAGAGAUGACAUAAACCGACUUACUACACUCACUGGAAACUUGAUGUCAGGAUAUGUAAUCGUCAGGUAGUUUAGCUUUCCCACAAUUCUCCUAUACUUUUUUGGAUCCUCAAGUAGAUCUCCAUCGUCCGCUUUCAAUUUCGUAUGUGGAUCAUUGGGGCCUCACAAGGUUUUGUUUCAAUCAUUCCAAAGUCAUUCAAUAUAUCCAAACAAUAUUUCCGUUGAGACAAACAUAUCCCUUUCUGAGUACAAGAUACUUCAAUUCCCAAGAAGUAUUUUAAAGGACCUAGGUCCUUUGUUCGAAACUGAGACGCAAGGAAAUCUUUUAGCUUCUUGAUCCCAGUCUCAUCACUCCCAGUAAAUACAAUGUCAUUAACGUAUACCACUAGUAGAAUACAUCCGAAGAUGACGAAGUAAAGAAUUAUAUUAGGGAUUAUAUUAUUGCUUUUAACUUGUGUGUUACA